GUUUUGAGAAACUAAAAUAACUUCAACAUGUUUAACAAAUCUUUUGGAACGCCCUUUGGAGGCAACACGGGGGGCUUUGGAACAACUUCAACUUUCGGACAGAAUACUGGCUUUGGGACUACCAGUGGAGGAGCCUUUGGGACAUCGGCCUUUGGAUCAAAUAACAAUGCUGGGGGACUCUUUGGUAGCGCUCAAACCAAGCCAGGAGGGCUCUUUGGGGCAAGUACUUUUAGCCAGCCAGCUACGUCAUCCACGAGUACUGGUUUUGGUUUUGGAACGUCCACCGGAACGUCCAGCGGCCUGUUCGGGACCGCAAACGCAGGGGGAGGCCUCUUCUCAUCCCAGAACAAUGCCUUUGCCCAGAAUAAGCCCGUGGGGUUUGGCAAUUUUGGGACAAGCACCAGCAGUGGAGGGUUGUUUGGAACCACUAACACAACCUCCAAUCCAUUUGGAGGCACAUCUGGCUCCCUUUUUGGAUCAACAAGCUUUCCCACUGUCCCCACUGGCACAACUAUUAAAUUCAAUCCACCAACCGGUACUGAUACGAUGGUCAAGUCUGGAGUCAGCACAAAUAUCAGCACCAAGCAUCAAUGCAUCACUGCUAUGAAGGAGUAUGAAAGUAAAUCACUAGAGGAGCUUCGCUUGGAAGACUAUCAGGCUAACAGGAAAGGUCCCUCCAACCCAGUCGGAGCUGGAGCCACUCCUGGCUUGUUUGGAUCGUCAACUGCUACGUCCAGUGCAGCCACAGGACUCUUUGGCUCCUCCACCACUAACACGGGCUUUUCGUAUGGGCCAAAUAAAACAGCGUUUGGAACCAGUACCACCGGUUUUGGAACGGGAACUGGAGGCCUCUUUGGUUCGACUCAGGCAACCCCCAGCCUCUUCAACAAACCUUUUGGUCAGCCCACAACAACCCAGAACACGGGUUUUUCGUUUACAAACACCAGCACCCUUGGACAGCCCAGCACAAACACAAUGGGCCUGUUUGGAGCCGCCCAGCCCACGCAAACGGGGGGCCUCUUUGGAACAGCUGCCAAUACCAACACUGCAGCUGCGUUUGGAACAGGGACUGGUCUCUUUGGACAACCCAAUACUGGAUUUGGCGUUGGUGGCUCGUCUCUGUUUAGUAACAAGCCUGCUGGAUUUGGCACCACAACCACCAGUGCUCCUUCCUUCGGGACAACAACAAGUGGACUUUUUGGGUUUAAUGCGAACACCCCAGGAAAUAGCUUGUUUGGGAGCAAGCCUGCAGCUGGAGCUCUGGGUCCAGGCCUCGGGACAGGAUUUGGGACAGCCCUUAAUGCAGGACCAAAUUCACUGUUUGGGAGCACGCAGCCCAAACUAGGGGGCACGCUUGGGACAGGGGCAUUUGGUGCCCCUGGAUUUAAUACAUCAACAGCCACUCUGGGCUUUGGAGCUCCACAGCCUGCUGUGGCUUUGACAGAUCCCAACGCCUCUGCGGCCCAGCAAGCCGUUCUGCAGCAGCACCUCAACAGCUUGACGUACUCGCCCUUCGGGGACUCCCCUCUCUUCCGAAACCCCAUGUCUGACCCAAAGAAGAAGGAGGAGAGGCUGAAGCCAACCAAUCCGGCGGCCCAGAAGGCCCUGACCACACCAACGCAUUACAAGCUGACUCCCCGCCCGGCCACUCGUGUGCGCCCAAAAGCUUUGCAGACGACCGGCUCCUCCAAAUCCCAUCUUUUUGACGGUCUGGAUGACGACGAGCCAUCCCUGUCCAACGGGGCCUUUAUGCCCAAGAGGAGUAUUAAAAAGCUGGUUCUGAAGAACCUUAACAGCAGCAGUCUCUUCUCUCCUGCCAGUGCUGAAGUUGAUGACAUUGCCUCGCCAUCUGUGUACCCUGAGAAUGGGGAUCGGUCAGUGAAUGAGAACCACAGGCAGGAUGAAGAGCAGGAAGACGAGAGCUACCCUCGUGACAUAUCCAGGUAUUUUGCCAAUUCCGUUGCCAAGCCCAUCCCCCAGACUCCAGAGAACGCCAUGCACAAGCAUCACAGUAACAGCGUGGACGACACCAUCAUGGCCCUGAAUGUGCGACCGGCGCUGCGGAAUGGACUGGAAAACAGCACGGAGGACGCUUCCUAUCACGAGGAGUCCCUGCAGGAGGACCAAGACGAGGAGACAGAAGGCCAGCUCCGCAGCGCCCAUCCAGCAGGAAUUGUCUUGACACGAGUUGGGUACUACACCAUUCCCCCCCUGGAAGAGUUGGCCAAAAUGACCAAUGACAGAGGAGAGUGUCUUGUGACAGACUUCACUGUAGGCCGUAAAGGCUAUGGCUCCAUCUACUUCGAGGGGGAGGUCAAUCUGAGCAACUUGAAUCUGGAUGAGAUUGUGCAUAUCCGCAGGAAAGAAGUAAUUGUCUACCCAGAUGAUGAAUUGAAGCCCCCCAUUGGGGAGGGCUUGAACAGGCGAGCUGAAGUCACAUUAGAUGGGGUUUGGCCCACUGACAAAACCUCACGUUGCUUGAUCAAGAGCCCAGAACGGCUGGCAGAAAUGAACUACGAAGGCAGACUGGAGGCCGUCUCUCGGAAACAGGGAGCCCAGUUUAAAGAGUACCGCCCUGAAACUGGUUCAUGGAUAUUCAAGGUGGCUCACUUCUCAAAAUACGGCCUGCAGGAUUCUGAUGAGGAAGAGGAAGAGAACCUAGCAAAAGUGGAGUCCAAGAAAUUAAAAACUGCUCAAGUACCCCUGCCAGGUCAGCUGGUGACUCAGCAAAUGGCUGCAGUUGGGAAGCUGGCACCUCCUUCCAAGAGUCCAGAGGCUGACCAUCUGGGGAAGAUUGUAGAAUUCGACAGCGAUAUGGCAGACAUCACCCAAGAGCUCCUUCAGGAUUCUGUGGUAGAAGAGAACCUAGUGGAAGAACAGGAACCAGUACCAGCCUCGAUGCAUAUCGCAUCCUCCCUGGACAUCAACCCCCAUGCGCUGCAGGUCAUGAAGGCAUCUUUGCUUGCAGAUGAGGAAGAUUUGGACUUGAUGACAGAUCACCCAUUUGGCAGUCAGGCUGAACAAAUGGAUACUUCGCAAGAGAUCUGCUCUCCAAGACUUCCCAUCUCCUCCUUGACCCGAGGAUGGAAAAGCCACCCCCCAGUCAGCAGGUUGCUGCAGUCGAGACUCUCCGGCGGCUCUUUCCUGCUCCCAAACGCUUCCCUCCAGGACCGCCGCAGUCCAAGGACCUCCUCCCUGGGUGGCGCUCUGCCUGCCCCACCUUGGCCUGUUCUUUCUCCCCUGGCCUCUGCCUUCGUAGUGCCGCGCUCGGCACCUGAAGUGCCCCUGAAAACCGUGGGCGUCCGCAGGCAUCCGGGGCUGGUGCCCCUGGAAAAAUCAGUGGCCCAUGGGAAAGGAAGGCUGCUGAAGGACAUGGCACUCUUCAUGGGUCGCUCCUUCCGUGUUGGCUGGGGGCCCAACUGGGUUUUGGUCCACAGUGGAGACCGGAUGAGCCCGUCGAGUGAGCCAGAAGACCCCCACGGGGAGUCGGCAGAGUACGGAUUCUUGCCAGCCCCCACAACUCCGAAGCAGGUCUCUGAGUCCCCCUUCAAGGUUCACAUGGAGAAACUGACCUUGGAAGGAAAGACAACUGAUGGGAAUCUCCGUGUGUACCUCCUUCCGUUAGAGAUCAAGCUGAAACACAGCACUGUCCACCUGGAUGAUCUCUGCCCCUUGCUGACCCCCAACCCUGGCGUAGCAGCCAUCCAUGAAUAUGCCGGAUGGGCCACAGAGGUGUGUGAAGACGCAGAAGAACAAGAAGCAGUGGUGAAAGACUGGGGUCUCGUGUGGACCCUGUGCGAGGCGCUCUGGGGCCACUUGAAAGAGCUGGAGGUCUGCUUGGAAGCGCCCAGUGAGUACGUGCUGCUGCUGGAACGCAGGAAGGCCUUCUCUCGCUGGCUGUCACAGACUGCGGCAGAACGGGUCCAAGAGGAGGUAUCACUCAGCCAGAACAACAAUCCUGCAGAGGCCGUCUUCAGUUACCUUACCGGGAAGCAGAUCGGCAAUGCUUGCCGUCUCGCUCAACAGUCUGGAGAUCACAGACUGUCACUGCUCCUCUCCCAGUUGGUUGGGAGCCAGGAGAUUCGGGAGCUCCUGGCCUUGCAGUUAGCCGACUGGCAUCAGCUCCAGGCAGAUGGCUUCAUCCAGGAGGAGAGGCUACGCAUUUUUUGCCUCCUCGCUGGCAAGCCGGUCUGGCAAUUAUCUGAGAAGAGAAGCAUCAACGUUUGUUCCCAACUGGACUGGAAGCGUACUCUCGGCAUCCAUUUGUGGUACCUGCUUCCUUCUACGGCACCCCUUUCAAAGGCCCUCAGCAUGUACGAAGCUGCAUUCCAAGACUCCCCAGAUGGUGAGAGAUACGCCUGUGCUCCGCUGCCUCCCUAUCUAGAAGGCUCGGGCUGCGUGGUUGAGAACAACAGUUCACAACACCCUCUGCGAGAUGUGUGUUUUCACCUGUUAAAAUUGUACAGUGACAGGUGUUACGACUUACACCAGCUGCUUGACCCCCGGAGCAUAACUGCAGACCCCUUGGACUACCGUCUCAGCUGGCACCUGUGGGAAGUGCUUCGUGCCUUAAAUUAUACCCACCUGUCAGAGCAAUGCCAGGGAGUGCUGAAUGCCAGCUAUGCAGCCCAGCUGGAGAGGGAGGGGCUGUGGGAGUGGGCUGUCUUUGUCCUGCUUCACACGCCCAACGCACAAACGCGUGAAAGAGCCGUGCGGGAAUUGCUGAACCGUCACUGCAAGCUGCUGGAGAUGCCCGAGUCUUGGGACAAGGAGGCCUUCCUCACGGAGAAGCUGGGUGUCCCCCCGGAGUGGAUCUAUGAAGCGAAGGCCUUGUGGGCCAGGAGGGAGGGGGACAAGCCCCGAGAGGCCCUCUAUCUGUUCAAGGCUGGCCGCUGGAACCAGUGCCACCAGCUGGUGGUCAGGCAUUUGGCUUCAGAUGCCAUCAUUAAUGAAAAUUACACGUAUCUGAAGGGGUUCUUGGAAGACCUGUCUAGUCCUCAGCGCAGCACCCUCAUUCAGGGUUGGGACACUGCGGGGCUGGUUUUCUUGGACUACCUUCAGGUCAUCGAUAUGGUCAACAGAAUUCAACAGCUGGACUGUUCUGGGUACGAGCUGGAGGAGCUGCACUCGAAAGCCAUUUCCCUCUGCAGCAGGAUAGAGCUGGUCCCGUGUCACAGCGCCAAGGACAGGUUGGCUCAGUCUGAAAUGGCCAAGCGCAACGCAGACAUCUUGCGUGUGGUGCUGAGCUUGCAGCACCCUCCGGACUCUGCCGCCAGCGCCACCCCUGAUGUGCAGAGAGUGCCGCUGCGCCUGCUGGCCCCCCACAUUGGCAGACUCCCCAUGCCAGAAGACUACGCGCUGGAGGAGCUCCGCGGGCUGACCCAGUCCUACCUGCGGGAACUGAUGGUGGUGGCCCAGUGAAGCCGUCCUGCCUGCAAGUCUGGGUGUCCAGCCUGCCGCACCAUUAGGCACCCCUUUGGACCCAGCUUUUGGGGUAAAAGCAGCUGCGAUGUGGACUCCCUUUGUGCUCUCAAAUCUGCACGACUGCCGCCAGCUAGCUUGGGAGGGAGGGAGGGGGAGCAGGAAGCUUAUGGGCCGGCUCUACCGUUGGGAUCCAGGAGCCCCCCUUCCCAUCCCCGUGCGCUUUGUGGUGUUAAUGAAGCCCGCUGCCGCAGAAUCCAGCAGUGGUGGCUGCCCCCCGCUGGCAUUUGGCAGGCCGAAAACAGGGCGGCAGCAGAACUCCUUCCUCCGCUCGGGUGGAUGCUAGAAAUCAUUGUGUGUGAAUAGUCAGAUCUCUGAUUCGACUGAGCUUUGGCUGGAGAUUUUGUCAGGGAGAGUCGGACCGGGCAUGGCCCUGGAGAGGGCCAGACGGCCAGUACAUUUCUGGAUUGCCCCUCCAGCGGUUGGCCCGAGCAGCUGCACCCCGCAGAGAAGUGGGGUCUCCCUCCUUCCUUUUAUCCAGGGCUCCCUGGGAUCGGGCUGGAGAGGCUGCGAAAGGCUGCCUCCGGGGGUCUCCGCAUUUACAGAUGAAGGUGCUCUUCCCCUCCAGGCCCAGGGCUGCCCUUGGCUGAAGGGGGACAGCUCAGAAGCCAGCCUGUGGGGUCUGCGCAUUCCCGAUAUGCGCAAGGGACUUCCGGAUGGGACUGUCUUAACAGGGAGGUGGCCGGAACCCUUUGCACAGCCUCGGCCUGGAUCUUGCGGGGAACGCCCGGCCUGCGGUUGGAUCUGGGCGGCUGGGGGGUGUGUGCAUGUGUGCUUGACUGCGUGUAUUGGGGGUGCCAGAAAAGUGGUUACGCAUGAAGAUUAUGUAAAGGUUUUUAUUAAAACUAUAAAUAAAUGACCCAGAUUAUUUUCUUGUCUGUUUUUCUGGAAAUACUUU